AUGAACGUUUUAGAAUUAUACAGUGGUAUCGGUGGAAUGCACUUAGCUUUAAAAGAAAGUGGAUUUGAGUACAAUGUUGUUGCUUCAAUUGAAAUAAAUAAUGUAGCUAACAGUAUAUAUGAAUUAAAUUUUCCAAAUACCGUUUUGUACAACUUAAACAUCGAAGGUCUAACUUCAGAAUUUAUAAAUAAGUUAAAAGUAGAUACAAUCUUGAUGUCUCCACCCUGUCAGCCUUUUACAAGAAAUGGUUUACAAAAUGAUAUAAAUGAUCCAAGAACAGCAUCUUUCAUUCAUGUAUUGAAACUUCUUCAAGAUUUGGAAAUAAAACAAUUACUUAUAGAAAAUGUAAAAGGCUUUGAGAAAUCAGAAAUGAGGAUGUUACUGGUUGAUACCUUAUCGAAAAAUGGAUUUAAUUAUCAAGAGUUUAUUAUAAGCCCACAUCAAAUUGGAGUACCAAAUACAAGGCACAGAUAUUAUUGUUUGGCUAAAAAAUCUCCAGGAUUUUCUUUUAAAGUAGGACCUUUGAGGGAAGGCUUGCCUGCAGAACAUGAAAUUCAAGAGUGCUUCACUAUAGAAAAUAUUUUAGAACAAAGUAUUGAAGAACAUUACUUUUUAUCUGAUAAAAUUUUGCAAAAGUACCAUGGACUUUUAGAUAUAUGUUAUAAGAAUUCUAAAAGAUCUUGUUGUUUUACAAAAGCAUAUGGUAGAUUUAUUGAAGGCACUGGUAGUGUUUUCACAGAUAAAAAUGAAAGUGAAGUUACUGAAAUUUUAAAUAAAAUAAAAACACAACUAAGUGAAGAUGUAAAGUUGCAGUUAUUAAAAUCUUUAAGUCUAAGAUUUUUUACUCCAAGAGAGGUAUGCAGACUUAUGUGUUUUCCAGAUAGAUUUAUUUUUCCAGAAUAUGUUGGUAAUAGGAAAAAAUAUAUGGUUUUAGGAAAUAGCAUUAAUAUUAAAGUUGUUUCAGAACUAAUAAAAUUGUUGAAUAGUUAUAAAAUAGUUUUAAUUUUGAUUAAAACAUUAACAUUUGUUCGCGGUAAGAAUCCUGAAAUGAAAUAA